AUGGUCUUGACUGGCAGAAAAUGGGUAGACAUAGUUAGUCCAUCUAAUAUUACCCAUAUAGAGUUAUGCUGCGUAGUGGUUCUGGGGGAGUUACAAAAUAGAGUUGCUGAACUAGAAGAGAGUAAUUGCAAACUAGCGAUUCUCAAAGCUCGGACAGAUGCUGCAAAAGUGGCAGGCUUUCUUGUCUUAAAUUUAGGGAGCAAGCAUGUUAGUAGUGACAAAGUCAGAGAUAAAGUAAAAGAUAUACAAGAUAUGGAGACUGCUCUUAAAGAAUUAAUGGAUCAAGCUUCUUGCUGGCUUAAAGAAAUAAAAGGCCUUCAUGAAGAGAGAGUACAUAUAUUGCAUCAGUUAUCUAACUUGCAGAGAAAAAUGAAGAAUGUAGCAUGUAUUUCCUCUUCCCAAGCCUACCUCUUAGUGAGAGAUCAAAUUGAAAAAUCAAAAUCUGAAGUUAUUGAGUAUCAGGCUUUGUAUGAGAAACUUCAGGCUGAGAAGGAUAUUCUUGUCUUAAAGGAAAGGGAACUCAGUGUUAAAACUUGCAAGGGUUAUUUAAUGAAUGCAACUAUUAAUGGAAAGCUAUUCUCCGGAGAGAGAUUUAAUGAUGUGGUUGGUAGCCCAUAUUACGUUGCACCAGAAGUCUUACGCAAGCGGUAUGGUCCAGAAGCAAAUGUUUGGAGUGCUGGAGUGAUUCUUUACAUUUUGUUAAGUGGAGUGCCUCCAUUUUGGGCUGGUAGGAUUUUUAAAGAUGCUUAUUGUGUUCUUAGGCACAGCAUUCUGUUUGCACUGAUGACCUUUUGUUUAUAUGUCUCGCAGGCCAUCCCUGGGUUCAAGCUGGUGGUGUGGCUCCUGCAAGCCUCCCGAUUCUGCAAUAUUAAGUCGAUUGAAGCAAUUCUCUGCAAUGAACAAGCUCAAGAAAAUGGGUAA